AUGAUAAUUGUUAAAGUGCUCAGUUCGCUACCCUGCUCAGACGAAAAUAUUCGAAGUGAUCUGGCUCGGAGGUUGACCAUAAGUUUCAAAAUGUGCUGUGGGGAGGCCUGGUUUGAUCCGGCCGAUCUUCGGAUUUCCUUCUCAGCGACUAUAGCCCAUUAUGAAGGAGCAACAUUUCUGCAGAAGCCGGCCACCUCACCGACGGCACCGGUCGCCAUGCUAUACCUGGAUGUCAUCGCUCCUCCGGCCGCCGAGUACGGAACUGCUGAGUUCAAAACGCAGCUCCUCACCCGUCUCAAGAAAGAGGUUGACGAUUGGAUCAGUUCAUCCUUCCAGUUCAAAACCUCAGACGAUCCUUCGGCUCAGACAGUAGCUUCGGGUCUUACCGCCCCAGUCGAAUUUUCAGACGUGAUCCCCGUCAUCGAGUAUAGACAGAUGAAGUAUGGAUGCCACGCCCUUGAUGGGAACAUCGUGGUAUCCCCUUACGGAGUCAUGUAA